AUGAUUAAAUGUAAUCAAGAAAUAGAAAUGAAAAAAUUACGUUUACAAAGUUUAGAUAUUGAAUUUUGUCUACCCCUAGGUGAUUCAUUCUGUACUGAACUUGUCCCGAAUAGUUUCUGUUCAGUUGAAAAAAACGAAUGUUUCUGUAAAUAUGGUUAUUAUUCAAUUCAAGAAGAUGAUGGUAUCAUUUGUAAAACAUUACUAACAAAUGAUAAAUGUCAAUUGGAUAGUGACUGUAUAUAUGUGAAAAAUAGUAUUUGUCAUCCUGGUGCUGGAGCAUGUAUUUGUCCAUCUGGAACUAUUUAUGUACCAGAAGAACAAUCAUGUAGAUUUCAAAUCAAAACAUUUGCAAAUGAUUUCUGUGAUAAAUGUGAACGUUUCCAUGGUUUAUGCUACAGAUAUGAAAACGACCGAGAAUUAAGUCACAACAACAAAAGAAUUCUAUAUGGAUGUAAAUGCCCAUACAAUACAGUUUCAAUUAAUACUAACCUCCUAUGGAAUAAAUCAUAUAUCAAUCAAUCUAAAACAUUAGUCUCCAUUAAUAGUACACAAAUAAUCAACUAUAUGAGUGAUAAAGAGAAUAGUGGCUUCUGUCGAGGUUUGUUAGUCGACAUUGGUAUGUUCUGCAACCAGAUCGAUAUGUUAUGUCGAUCAUCAAACGCUUUUUGUUCAAAUGGGAAGGUGAUCAAUAAUAUCUAUUUAUCACCACAGUGUAUUUGUCAAGAUGGAUAUUUACCAAUUUAUCAAGAAUAUUUAGAUUAUUAUGAAUGUAAUCUUUCUAGUACACAACAAAACAUCACAAUCUGUUUUAAUCUUUCUAUGGAACAUCAAUCUUCUAUUUUUAUAAAAAAUGAUACAACACAUUUGAUUGUAUUCAUUUCAAAUCAAUUAAAUUCACCAUACCCAUAUGAUAGUUGCCUAUUAAGUAUGUUUAAAGAAGGAAUAUGGUGUAAAACAUUUAAUUAUUCUAAGAAUUACGAUAUUUUAACAAGAUGUGCAUCUAUUCAAAUUCAUCAUAAAAAGAAAGAGAUUACUUUUAAAGCAUUUGUCAUUGUUUUAUAUCAAUCAGCAUUUGAUUUUAUAAUUAGAGAUAUACAAUAUUUCAUUUCAUUUACAUCAUAUUGGAAUGAAGACUAUAUUACUAUAGAUUCAACUGAUAUCAAAAUGAUUCAUGGAAAUUACACUACUAGGAAUCAGUCGAAAAUUUUAGAGAAAAUUCACCAAAAUUUAAAAUUUACAAUUCAAAAUGAUUUAAACAAGAAAUAUGCACGAAAUGUUAUUGAUACAAGAGAAUCUAUACAUUUGCAUGUAGAGUAUUAUUAUCAAAAUAAUUCGUACACAUACAUCAGUAUUGAACAAUGUUCCAUAAGUCAAACAUCACCGUAUGCAAAAUCAGAUGAAAUUACAAUUGUACAUAAAAAUUGUCUAUUAUAUUCACCUGAAGUUAUUAACGAAAUAAAAUUCCAUUCAAAUCAUUUAUCAACAUAUGGAAACUUUGCCAUUCCAUUGAAUGAAUAUACUUCAGUCAGUAGUAUGAAGUUAUUGACAAAUAUGACAGAAGCCAAUUCAUUUCAAUUGAACUCCAAUGUAAUGGGACUUUAUUCAAACGCAAGUUUUACAACCACAUCAGAACUACAUAUCAAUUGUAUAUUUCGUGUUUGCCAACACAUUAGAUGGUGUGUAUGGCCUUCAUAUUGUAAUGAUCAUAUGAGAUCGUUAGAUUAUGAUGUACAUCAAUCAGAUUUAUCGGAGAGUGAUAUGUUUCCAUCAAUAAUAAUGUUAACGAAAUCGUUGAAAAUUAAAACUUCCAACUAUAAUUCAAUAUCUCCUUCACCAUAUUCUUCUCCUUAUUCUCCUGUAUUUAUACAGAAUAAAAGUAUAAAUUCUAUUUGUCAAUCUGAUAAUAUAUUUAUCAAAUUCCCUACACAUUUUAUAAUUUUUAUCAUUUGUUUAAUAAGUGGAAUCAGUUUUAUAACAUUCUAUUAUCAAUGUAAUUCCUCAAUAUGUCAAACUCCCUACAGUCGAUGUUGUUGUCAAUCCUUCUAUCGAUCUAAUCAUGAAAAAUACAAUGGUAAUCCAUUGAUUACUUAUAACUUAUGUAAUAAUCCUUUGAAUACUAAAGUAUUACAAUCCACUAUUGAUGAAAAUGAUAACAAACAUUAUUCUAUGAAUAAUAUGCUUAAAGAGAAAUUUCAACAAAGUUAUCAUUGUUCUCAAUUGAAAUGUAUUCAAUCCGAUUGUUCAAUUAAAACUCAUCAUGAUAGAUUUCAUAAUCAAGAGGAGAAUCUAUAUCAUCAUGAUACAUUAAAAGAGAUAAAUGUUCGAAAUUGUGAUGAUAAUGAUAAUGAUGUUGAUGAUGAUCAUACAAUUUGGGACAAAAUUAUCCCAGUCUGUUAUGAAAUGAACUCCAACUCAAAUAUUAUUGAAAUCUAUAAAAAUCAAUUAUCCUCAUUAUGUCAUUCACAAGAAAAAGAUAUUUUAGUUCCUUGUUGUUUACAUAAUCAAAAUUUAUAUUUUCAUCAAUCAUAUUGGGAUAAUAAUACUAUUGAUAAGCCAGAAACUACUUACAAAUCUAUAAGUAGUACUGAUUAUAUAUGUUAUAAUAAAAAUUUUGAUGAUUUAACAAAUAUUGUUACAGUUAAAAAUGAUUUAUCUAACGAUAAUCAUGAUGAACAAAUAUUCAAUGUAUAA